AUGUCUACCUUUGAGCAAUUAUUCAACAACUGUGUCCUUCAAGUUACCAUCCCAAACACCUCGGUCUCGUUUCCUGAGCCAGGACCAGCAGACGACUGGUUGAAUGGGCUGGGUGCACAACACAUUGAGAGAAGGCAGGCUUUCUUUGACGAGCAGUUGUACGUCUACCUCACAGUAAAGGUAGAUCAUCCUCCCUCCGAUCCCCCACCUGAACCUUCGCGCGUGCCCAAGCUUUUGCUCGACUUCUUUGCCCACAUUCAAGUGUCCCUCGAGGCAACAUAUAUAUCUCCAAGUUCCGCAUCACACACCGAUUCACUCAGCCCUGCUCGCCUCUCAGCACCUCCGCGGUCCACAUCCAUACAGUCCAAAGCCCGCCUUACCGUACCCCACCCAUCUAUAUUCCCUCCCAGCACCCCCAACCCCAUCCCUUCCACGGCAGAGAACGACAGGAAGUAUGUGCAAGCGGAAGGGACUCUUCUCAUCGCCAAGAUAUGGGGCCAAGAUGCGUCGAACGAUUCUCACGAGAAAUUUACCAUAGUCUUCUCUGAAGCGGAUGGUGCAUGGGUGGCUGUAUACAGGCUUUCGCUUGUCGUCUCAUUUUUGCGUCUUAAUAUACUAGAUCCUCUACUUUGCCUAACAAUAUCAGCAACACUCCGCGAGAAAGCCCUUUCGAUGACUCAAUCAAAGCACCCAUUCGUCGCGUUCUUGACCAGUAUGGAAUCCAAAUCGUCUACAGAUGAUCUUCUGCCUUCUCUUCCUGGUAGAAUAAACGAUGCUACGGCCGACGGAGAGCAUGACCUUGAAGGCUUAGAAGAAGUAAAUCUAUUAGAGGGGCUUUCUAAUGCACCCAGCUUCUCUUCUACGACAAAUCCAGUUUAUCUUCCAUCCUCGCGUAUAGGAAAUUACACCCGCCGCCAAAUAUUUUCCCUCCCCCCCGUUGUCUCCUCAUCGCCCCAAACGUCCUCGCCAACAAAGGCCCAGACCUCAACCCACCCCACCCUUCGCAAAUCAUUUCGCAAGACCAUGCACACCGUCUCGGGCUUUCGCGUGCGCAUGCGCACCGUGUUCGUGCCGUACGUACUCCUCCCUGAGACUCGCAACCACGAUCUCGACUCCUCCACCUCCACCUCCGAUGACAGCGAUAGCAGUGACAGUGGUAGUGUAGAUGAUAGGGAGGACGAGCGCGAUCAAAGGGAGGCGGGGAACGACGAGCAUACCGUCGUGCUCUGUGUCGAGAUCGAGAACUCGGGCGACGCAGGGCCAGAGGUGGGGUUUUCUGUCGAGAGCAUUGAUGUCAAUAUCGGCGGCGAGGGUGCUACUGCUACGCUGAUAGGCUGGGGCGAAGGUGUCUUUGGGAAGGAGGCAGAAAAGCACGUGUUCCCGCUCCCCAUUGGCUCGAUGGAACAAUAUAACUUACUCUAUGCCGUUUCGUUCCUGCACCCCCCCGGUGACAUGGAUACGUUCUCGUUACCCGGACAUGGGAAAGACGCGCGUUCAGGAACUAAGUGGAGCACAGAGCUGCAGCGCGCGGUGACGAUCAACAUUAACGGCAAGCCCUUCGCGAAAGGCGAGGCUUUGUCUGAGGAAGAUGACGGGACUGCUACCGUAUCAUAUCCCACUCGAACGUUUUCCUCGCGAUGGAACUGUGUAUUAGACUUAUCCACCCGACCACGCGAAGAAGCAUCUGAUUCGUGGUACGGGAAUCACAACGCCCUGCCCGAACCUCCCUCUCCGUUCCCUACGCACCCCAUCGUCACACCAGCUCAAUUCCCACCACACACCGCCCGUGACACCCAUCACCCCCAAGACCUCGUCGCUGGCAGCAAACGCCACACCCUCCCGGGGAGCAUCACCGCCCUACGAGCGAUCAACCCACCACUGAGUAGCGCAUCGACCAGCCUUCGCUCGUCCACGUUGCUGAACCCCUCCAUCCGCGAGCAGUCCGUCUCGCCGCACCCAGGUAGAGGGUCAUUCACGCCGCCUUCGGUGGCGGUGAAGGCAUACGCACGGUCACCAACGUCAUACGGCGCGCUACCGUCCAUUGGCUCGGUCGGCAGUUUGGCGGGCAGCGCAGUCGAUCCCAAUGGGGCUGGCGCCGUCGAGCAAUUUGCGGCCCCGCCGCCCACACCGGCGUACCCUGCAUAUCCUGCCACCGCCGCUGUGCCCCCUACUCCUUACUCCCAAGCGUCGAUGUCGAACCAACAGGGUGCACUAGGUCCGAGCGUCGAGAUACGCCGAGAGCGUGGGACGGGGAUGGGCGUUUCUUCUCCGCACACCCCUGGACCGACGGUUAUCGGGGCGUCGUUUGCAGACCGGCUUCAGGAAGUAAACGCCAACGUGCCUGCGGAAGUUUCCAGCCAGCCUAUCAUCGUCUCCGUCGGGCUGCUCCCACGAGAGUCAACACGAAGGAGCAAGACACCUCAGAACUCGGAUCGAAUAUACCCAUACGAAGAAUUCACGCUUGAUAUUUUCGUGUUCAACAGGAGUUCGUGGACGAGGCGGUUUGAAGUGAGCUAUCCCGACGCUGCGUUGCGCAGGAGGAGGAAGACAGAGCGGAAGGGAGAAGGAGGCGCUGCAUCGUUAGAGGAGUUGAAGAAUGCAACGUCUCCCCCUGGGAUACUGCCUCUUCAGAACAGGGUGCGGAUUGGCCCGCUAAGACCAUCAACGUGUCAGUCUGUCCGAAUGGAUUUUAUGGCGAUGAAGCCCGGUGUACAUUCAGUCGAGGUUCUUACGCUGACGGAUAUAGAGUCUGGGUUUGCUAUGAAUUUGAGGUCAGUAACAGCAAUCUUAUGGCUCUGUAGCAGAGUAGAUGACUGA